AUUACCGCGCCACGCCAAAAGUAAAGGUACCCAACUGUCACAUUACAGUAGCGUCUCUGUACAUCGCCACGUAGCACACUGCUACGCUGAUUAAAAGUUUGGAUUACUCUUUACUCAAGACAUGGAGCCAAGGUUUACCCUGGAGCAGUUCAACCUGCUGACACGUCUGAUGGCUAUUGGCGAGAGACUUCAGCAGACGGGUCUGUCGCAGAACAACAUGUUCCAAGCCCUCUACACCAUGCAGCAAAGUUAUCGUCUGGGGAAAAAAAUGCCUGCUUUAGGAACUGGAUCUCAGCCUACAGUCACUCAUGCGCAGCUCAUCCUGCUGACCCGUCAGUUGUCAAUUCAUCAGAGUCUCUAUCAGACUGGUCUGUCAGAGGGCAGCGUCUUUCACAUAAUCAGUACCAUGCAGCAAAACAAAACCGAAAACACCGAUGUCGAUGGGCUUCAGAAAAUAGAAAAAGUGGAAGCCGAGUAUAAAACAGAGGAGCGGUUGGAUGCUGAGGUAAUUCCAAGUAUGGGCACAUCUCCAGGACCAAUCGCAGAGGAAGAAUUUCACCGAGAGGUGGAUAGGCUGAUGAGGGAAGACACAAACGACCUAAAUGCGGAAAUCAAGACCUUUCUUAUCAAUCAUGGCAUCCGUCAAGAAGCCGUGGCGACAGAAAUUGGCGUCAGCAACAGCUCCGUGUCAGUGUUUUUAAAACAUGGCCGGGGUCUGAACGGUGGCAAGAGAAGAGCUAUUUAUACUUGGUACACCAGACAAAAGCAUAUUGCAACAGGAAUGGCAGAAAACAAUCCCAUUCAACAAAGGAGGCUAAAGAGGCCAUUGGACUUGAAACUGGACAACCCUGUCAACAGUGAAGACCACAAGCAGAGCAGGGUCAGGUUGAAAUGGCCCUCAGCAGUAACUAUGAUACUGGAGACGUACUUCCGGACGGACACAAAUCCAACCGAGAACAAGAGAGAAGAGCUUGCACGUGUCUGUAAUGAUGAGUUACAGAAGUCAGGUGAUGAGUUUCCUGAUGGCCAGCUGAUGACUCCAGCUCACGUCCAGACAUGGUUCAUGGAUAGGUGGCUUCAGGAAAUGAGGAAGCAUCAACAAACACUGUCGUUACAAGUUGAGGGCCAGUUGCAGACGCUUGGCAAAGACUGAGAAAAUUAAUAAAGGUAAUACUGCCGAAUACGGGUCCGAGUACAGCAUGGAGAGCACUUGAUCUUGAGGACGAUGAAUGGGAGGAUACUAUUAACACUGGUUAAAGUGAUUAAUAUAUAUAUAUAUGAUGAUUAAUUUUUAGGUUUUUGUACAUAAUGGUUGCGUUGAUAAUCAGGUUCGCGUAACAAUAAAAAUAAUAUCCACAUGUGUAUUAAGAAAAUAUAGUCCUGUUCGUAUUUGGCUGCAAGUGCAGCCUUUUAUAUAUAUUCAGAUAUAUUAUCUGUAUACAAGUUAAUGUAUCUAUCAUCUUUGCCGUUCUUAUACAAUUGAGUUAAUGUUAUCUAGGAUGUUGAGCUUUUGCGAUACAUACAACAGCGUAUUCUGGGAUAAAGUAUUUUGGAUUAACUGUCAGCCUACAAAUCACAUUUAAUGAACGUAGUAAAUGCCCAUCGUUUUGUUUAUAUCUAGUUACAUAUAAUAUAGUUUGUUUGACGAUUUGAGGGUUUAUAUUUCUGAAUGUAUUGAACCUUAGAGGCGAGAAGUGAGUCAAAAUGUGAUGCUGUUAUUACAUGAGCAUCUUUUAAUCGAAUGAGUUGAAAUUUGGCGAAAAUGAAACAUGUCCUCCGAUAUUGAAUUUUCAAUUUGUUAUUCAGAUCUAUAUGACCACACCCUUGGGAAUUUUUAAGACGAUCAUUUUCUCCAGAUUUUGCAAAAUUAUGAAUACAGCAGAUCACGGAUAUUGCUAAUGUAUUAUAACAAAUGUUUUAAAUUUUACAUGCUACUGUUCAUUUUAAACUCUGGGCUGCAAGAUUAAAUGAGUUGUCGUUUUAGAGCUAUAGCGAAAAAUGUAAUCUGUUGAUUGAAAGUCUCUGUAGUGUCUCUUUUUCAUAAAUCAAAAGAAAUAAAACUUGACACAGCUGUUAACUAUUUAACCCUAUCCUGACUGCUUUUUGGGACAUUUACUGGCCUUGGGGGAAGGCCCACUCGCCCCUCCCACCUUCGAAAUUUCAUAAUGGCUUACUUUGCGAUCACCAAAUUUGCAGGUAGCAAUGUGCUUAUUCGGUUUUAAAAUGUCUAAAUUUUUGAUAUCAUUAUGACGUAAUAUUCCGCAAGUAUAAGGUCAUUAAUGUGCGGGGGAUUUCCUAAAAUAAGUAAAGAAAUGACACAAAAUUUUACAAAUAAAUGGAUAAGUCUUCUAUGAUUUCUGCUGCCAAAGGCUACCACAACGACGUCAGAAUGUGGGCUUUUGAGGAAAGGAAUGGGAAAUUAUAUAGAUAUAAUAUUUGACAGUUAUUGGACAUUUUACUUUACGUUGUCGUUGACGUAAUGUGACGUGAUUAUGACGUCAUAAAUUUGAUUGUAUUGGACGGACCCAUGAAAAAAGGGUAUUCUCAGAAACGUUUUGCUUCAAAAAUGUAAUUGCAAGUGCAGAUAACAAAAUAGUAAUGUUUGUGACGACUUGUGUUUCCAACAUCAAUGACGUCAAAAUGACGUCAUACAAUGACGUCAUGCACAUCUAAGAUACCAGUUGGGCUCACCAUAUUAUAGCCACCACCUUGAAUUUUCAAAAAUACUUUUUUAGCAACAAAUAAUCACAAAAUACAAUAGAAAGAGACUAAAUGCAUUCAUUUAGUUUUUUUAUUAAAAAAUGCCUGGUAUUUACAAAUUUUAAGGGAUAAUAAGCUAGUUUUUGCUGAUCUGGCCAUACGGUCCGCCAUCUUUGAU